UGGCGCCCCCUGAGCGAGGGCUGCCGCGCCGAGCUGGCCGAGACCAUCGUGUACGCCAAGGUGCUGGCGCUGCACCCCGAGGCGCCCGGCCGCUACAACCACCUGCCGUGGCAGCCGCUCGCCGGCCGGGCGGGCCUCUUCUACGCGGCCGAGGUCGAGCUGCUGUGCGACCAGGCGUGGGGCAGCAUGCUGGAGGUGCCCGCCGGCUCCAGGCUCAACCUCAGCGGCCUGGGCUACUUCUCGUGCCACUCCCACACCGUGGUGCAGGGCUACUCCUAUUUCUUCUUCCUCAGGAUGGAUGAAAAUUAUAACCUCUUGCCUCAUGGAGUCAAUUUCCAAGAUGCCAUCUUUGCAGACACUCAAGAGAACAGAAGGAUGUUUUCCAGCCUUUUUCAGUUUUCCAACUGUUCACAAGGGCAGCAGCUGGUGACUUUCUCCAGUGACUGGGAGAUCCAGGAAGACAAUAGGGGUACCAUCAUGGCCAUCUUUGAUGAAAACACAGAAGAAACACAGAAGAAUGAACUAGACAUCCUGCAGACAAGGACUCGUUCCAUGGAAGGCAAAUGA